AUGGCGAAGCCAGUGUCUGAUUCACACAGCAACAGAGAAGCAGUUCAAGCAACAAACGACGACGCCUCGGCCAGCAAACUGUCCUGCGUGAAGAAAGGGUACAUGAAAGACGAUUAUGUCCAUUUGUUUGUAAGAAGACCUGUGAGAAGAUCUCCGAUUAUUAACCGUGGUUACUUUGCUCGUUGGGCUGCUCUUCGCAAGCUCCUGAAUCAGUUUCUUGAUACUGAAAAAAAUGGGGGUGAAAAGGGUCAUUUGAAGAAGCAGGUUUUAUCACUUGGAGCUGGCUUUGAUACAACAUAUUUUCAGCUGCAGGAUGAGGGGAAAGCACCCCAUUUAUAUGUGGAGCUGGAUUUUAAGGAGGUAACUAGUAAGAAGACCACACUUAUUGAAACCUGCAGUCAUUUGAGGGACAAAAUUAGUGCAACAGCUUCAAUCUCUCAAGAGAAAGGAGAAGUGCUCAGUGACCACUAUAAGCUACUCCCCAUUGAUUUGCGCAACAUACAACAAUUAGACGAUGUUAUAGCUUUGGCUGGUAUGGAUCGCAGCCUUCCAACUUUUAUAAUUGCAGAAUGCGUUUUGAUAUACUUGGAUCCAGAUUCAAGUCGUGCCAUAGUUGGCUGGACAUCAAAAGCAUUUUCAACGGCAAUAUUUUUCUUAUAUGAGCAGAUUCAUCCAGAUGAUGCUUUUGGGCAGCAGAUGAUUAGAAACUUGGAGAGUCGAGGCUGUGCACUCUUGGGCAUACAUGAUACACCAACAUUACAGGCAAAGGAAAAUCUUUUUCUUGACCAAGGAUGGCAGAGGGCUGUUGCCUGGGACAUGCUAAAAGUAUAUAGUAAUUUUGUUGAAGCUCAAGAAAGACGCAGGAUUGAACGAUUGGAAUUGUUUGAUGAAUUUGAAGAAUGGUAUAUGAUGCAGGAGCACUACUGUGUGGCUUAUGCAAUCAAUGAUGCCAUGGGUCUGUUUGAGGAUUUUGGUUUCCCUAACAACCAGCAGAAGCAGCAGCAGCACGUGCAGAAUGUGCCCAACCCCUCAUCCUCAUCAUCCUCAUCAUAUUAG